CUUCAAACGGAGAGAGCACGAUAUAAUAUUUCUACGCGAAAUGGGAAGACAACCCAGGGAUCCAAACUAGCACAAUAGCACAUUGAUAUAUUCGAAUAAGCAAAAGGAUGCUGACUGCAAAGAUGAACAGCGUGACGUAAGAGGGUUAUAUGCCCUUUAAAUGUCAUGUUCAUGGCUGCUAAGAAGAAGAAGAAAGAGAAGGUGAUGGUGUUUCAUGACGAAGGGGCAGAUGCCCUUAGUCCAGUGCCAAUGGCUUCCUCUCCCUCUGACCUCUUAGUUGCUUUAAAAUCAGGACAGAUGAGUAAAGGAGGACAAGGCAUUCUUGUUGCUAAGGAGGAAGACAACAUGGGAAAAUGUAGUCCUAGAUCUGCAAAGAUGAUGAAAAUCUCUGCUACACUCCCUUUAAGCAAGUCAUCUGUCCAGUCCAAUCAGCAACUACAAAAUUUACCACCGGACCUCAAUUGCAAAGGUAUCAAGGUGACAUUGGACAACAACAACAUGUGGAAUGACUUUUUCAGAUGCAAGACAGAGAUGAUAGUAACCAAACAAGGAAGCAGGAUGUUCCCAUAUUGUCGCUUCAGGAUCUCUGGUCUAGAACCUUUCCAGAAGUACGCUCUACUCAUGGAUAUCCAUCCUGUGGACAACAAACGUUACAAGUGGAGUGGACAAGAUUGGCACGCCAAUGGAAAGGCUGAAACCCACAUACAGAAACGUCCCUUUGUUCAUCCCGUAUCUCCUAACUCUGGACACUAUUGGAUGCAGAACCCAGUGUCUUUCUACAUGCUAAAGCUUACCAACAGCAUGCUGGAUCAGGAGGGAAAUGUUGUGUUGCACUCAUCACAUCGUUACUUACCCCGGCUGCAUGUGGUUCUAGCAGACAAAGCUACUGAAGAUCUGCAACUAGACGGACCUGAUGUCAUAACCAUUACAUUCCCUCAGACAGAGUUCAUUGCUGUUACAGCUUAUCAAAACUCUCGCUUCAGUCAGCUCAAAGUUAACUACAACCCUUUUGCCAAAGGGUUUAGAGAGGAUGGACCUAACUCUUUGGCUUUGAAGCUUAAGUCAUGCCCAGCAAAUGACUCCAAGAAAGAUGAAGCCAGAUCAUCAAAUGAACUGAACCCUGUGAAGAAAAGCCUGAAGUCGCUUUUGGCAAACAACAAACCUAAAAACAGUAAAGUAGCAAAUCAAGGACUCCAGAGGACUGAAGCUCAGGUUGUUACUGGUAUUUCUACAGACAGGAAUAAGGCAUCAGGAUCAGGCAAUACUAAAUCCACAGAACCAAACUCAAGUAAACAACAUCCUCUUCCAAAGAACUUCUCUGAACUGAUUCGUGAGUCGCAUGUGAAACUGAGAAGAUGCAAGACAGAAAAAGAAGUUGAAACUUGCACACUUCAGGUUACCAACACCCUUAAUUCGGUUCCAAAAGUUGGAGUUAAAGACUUAGCUGAAUCUGAAGAUGUGCCUAACAGUGCUCAUCUCAAAGGGCCAUCUGCUAAGACUGUGCGAAAGACUGGUACCCAGAGCAGUGUGAUGCCGGCCAAAGUUGACCAGAACUUCAUCACUACAUCUCCAGUUUUGAUAAAUCCUCAGUUCGUCACAGAGCAGUCAGCAGAUGAGAGAGCGGAGAAACGACAAAAAGCCUCCAAUAGCUCCCCUGUCGACUUUGACCCUCAAAGAACCAGUUCUGAAGGUCAAACACGAGAGAAAGUGAAACCACACAAACGGCCUCCAUCUAUGCCUUUACCCGCCCUAGCACUAUAUUUAAAACAAUUGAGGUCCAAAUCCAUGCCUGACAAGAACAAACCAGUUGUUCCCUCAGAAUUGUCACCUCAUCUCACUACAACCUCACAAUCCCCCUCACAGCUAAAUCUAACAGCUCCCCCUGCAGUUCAGGAUGUAAAACCCAGUGACCCAAGCACCAGUACCUAUGGCCAAGCUAUCUAUAAAAAUAUCUCUGGUUCAACUUACAGUCUUAAUCCUUGUGGUCUUGCUUUGAAUCCUGGAAAUCCUACUUAUUCAAAACAUAGUCCAACCAGUAAAUACUCAAAUGUGGAUACUUUGGCUCUUGCCGAAAGUAAAAAUCAGGAACCAGAUCUACUGUCUCCAGAACCUCACCCAGUGUUACUGUCUUUAGAUCAGUCUUUACAAGCCUCUGAGCUUUCCACAUGCACUACACUCCUGCCUCAUUUACCUGUUAGCCCUUCCUUUCCAGAAACACUAAUGUCAUCAGUCCCUGAUCCAGUGUUAUAUGCCCCCAACCCAGCCCGAAGCCAGUCAUCUUUGGAGUCUCCCACGCUAGUUUUACCUUCCGCAUUGAACUAUGGUCCACCAGUUUCAGAGUCUUAUAUCUCACACCUCUCUUCUCAUUCCUCUACAUUGUCUUCACUACCUACCAUAACCACCUCAAAACCUCUCACAGCUCCCUUGCUUCAAAGUCCAGAGCAUCUGUCAUGUGAUGUUGAGUCUUUAUCCCCUCGAUUUUUGCCGCACUCUGAGCCUUCUCUGCCUUUCUCUGGUACUUUAGAAUCUACCCCAACCCUUUCAAUAAUACCCCCUACUUCAUCAUCAGAAACUUUUGGGCAACGGCUAGACCCAGAAGUACCUCUUAGGUCUACUACUAAGGGUUCUGUUCAAGGACUUGGGCCAUCUGCUGGAGUUUCUUUGCAUGAGUCUCAAAUGUCUAUAUUCUCAGCAUUACCACCUCCUGAUCCAUUUCUAACAUCCUUCACCUCAUUUCUGCCUACCCCUCACUCUGCUUCAUUGGCUAUGGGGUCUUCCUCAAUGUUUUCAAUGAGUCGCCCUUCACACUCUCUCUCUCAUCCUGGCUCUCUCGAUCUUGGAGCUGCCUCCUCUUUUCCGUCCGACCCCGAUGCCUUUCAGGUCAACGACCAGACAUUACCUUUCCCCCCCACACUAUCUCCCCUUGCACUCCCUUUGUCACUGUCUCCCAGUUUUUCAUCAUUAGGGCCUGAUCCAUUGUCACCAACUCCAUCAUUGACGGAUCUAGUACAUUUCUUUUCAAACAAUGACGAUUUGAAUAUCGAUGACGACUUUCCAAGCAACGAACCCAGUCCACCAAUUGUCUGCCCUCCUAGUAUAAGAACACCCAGUAUUUCAGUUUUUGCUCAGGCCAUACCUGCCAGCAAACCCAGGAAAAGGAAGGGUAAAAUCAAGAAGAGAAAGUCUGCAAAGACGGUGGAUGAUUCAGAAAUGGGUGUAGCAGCAGAUGUGAAUCUGCAGCCCAACCUGGAGGAGGUUGAGGAACAGCUCUUUGUCUCCUUCACCUCAAAGGAAGCACUUGAAAUCCACCUCGGAGACACCACACAAGAAGUUGUACCUCAGAAAACCUUUGAGCCAGUUGGAGUUACAGAAACCCUAGAGGAAAGAAUAGCAACACUAGAGGAGGUCCUUCUAAAGGAUUUAAAACUAAUGAAACAUCGACAGGUCAUACACCCUGUAUUGCAAGAAGUUGGCUUGAAGAUGAGCUUGCUGGAUACCAAACUGUCCAUAGACCUGCAGUAUCUGGGUGUUCAUCUGCCCAUUCCUCAAUACUCUAACAUUCCAGGACAGAGCUCUGAAGCACCCUCUCCAAGUGGUUCAGCUGUUUUUGUAUCCAGAACGGGAAAGACUAAAGACGUCACCCAAAUUAAAGGCUGGAGAGAGAAGUUUGCUCCUUCAGAGUCCUCAGAGUCCUCAUCAUCAUCAUCUUUCAAGCCUGAUGUUGUUCCAAGCUCAGAUGGAACAACAACAAAGAACUUGUCAGCCUUCUGCAGUGACAUGUUGGAUGAGUACCUCGCCAAUGAGGGCAAACUGAUCGACGAGCGUGCCGCUAGUUUUUCCCAGACAGUGGUAAACCCUGUGACCUAUGAGCUGCCCACCAAGAGCAGCAGCUAUGUCCGCACCCUCGACAGCGUCCUGAAGAAACAAACACAAGGACCCACUUCUUCUAUCAUCUCUGACUUCAUCCCUCCAUCUAAAAGACCCAAACUGCCCCCUCUAGGUUUCAGAAAUCAGAGAAGAACUAAAAAGGAACAAAUGCAAGACUCCAAGGAAAACAAAACAAAAAUUUUAACUACUUUAACAACAACAACAUCAGCACCAAAACCUCCACCUAAAUCUGCACCAAAACCUGUACAGACCUCUGGUUCCAUUGUGUCACAAUCAGUCCAACCAGAACACACAGCUCCCUUCACCCCCAAUCCAAAAGAUACAGUCCAAAAAAAGAGGAAGAAAAAAUCCAAGGUCUCAGAAGGACCUACAGGAUCCUCUGCUGACAUGGCUCCCUUGGAAUCAGACUCUGAGCUGGGGCCUGCUGCCAACACCAUUCCCAACUCCAGCACUGUCAUCACCAAGACGAUGCUGAAGAUGAAGGACCUGGAGGAUGGGGUUGUGUGGGAAGGCAGACACCGUACAUGCAUCACUGAAGAGAGGGCAGAGAUUGCUCUUACAUCUCUCUUCACCUUGGCGGGCUUUGUGUGUGAGAACCCUACAGCUCCUGUCAGGAUCAUUAAGUGUCGUGCUCCUCCCUGCCUGAACGUUUUCUGCCGUCUUGGCUGUGUGUGCUCCAGCCUGAUCCGAAAGAAGCAAAUCACGCACUGUGCCAAGACAGACUGCAUAUUUGGCUGCAGCUGUUUCCGCCAGAAAGUAGUACUGUUAAAGAACCUAGAGGGGCCUGACUCCAGUGCCUCAGAUGACAGCUCAUCCCGGAAAAGGAGAAAGAGAAGGAUGAGGAUGGCGUACACGCUCAAAGAGGCAGAGAUGUCGGCGGUAUCCCAGCCUGCACAUUAUGUGGGAACCCUGUGGAAGCCGAGAGAGGGAGAGAUUGACCCGGAGCCACUACACGAGCCUGCAUCUUUGAACCUCUCUUCUCCAUCAUCACUCUGUAACUCUAAAGAUGAGCAUAUGACAUGUGCCAGGGUGCGAGCUUUUCAAGGCCGGAACAAGGAAGAAUUCAACCAGCCAACUCAGAAAGACAAUGUGUCUCAGCCUCAAUCAAUCGACUCAGUAUCAGUAAACUGCUCCAAAACAGCAGCACUAAAGCCCCCCUUGGACCCCCUACCCAGCACGGAGCCUGCCAAGCGCCUUGAGGUUGUGUCGGAAUGCCGGUGGAAGAACCGUUUAGACAGGAACUAUGUGCUGAGGGUGGUGUGUGAGCGAAUGGUUCAGGACCGCCUCAACAUUCCCUUCAGGGUAAAAGGUUACCUGGUCCGCCCGCUAACCCAGAACCUGGUGGUAGAGGGGCAGGACUGUACUUUCGCCUACAAGGUCCACAUCUCCCAAGUGGCGCAACUCUCCAGUGGGAUACAUGCAGAGGAGAAGGACAGUCAGGAAGGGGAGGCUGGUAUGGAAGACUGGCAGAGGGAGUUAGAGGAUGACUUUAUGGAGGAAUUGGAGGACGAGGUGGAGAAGGAGAAGAUGGAGGUGGAGUGGAGGAAGAGUGAGCUGGAAUCGAAGGAGGAAAAUAAAAAGAAGAGUCUGAAGUUUCAGGGUCUGCCUUUCCUCAUAGGAAUCUCACCAGCAGGCAUCCUGACAGCCAAUAAGAAGCAGCCAGGUGGUUCAGAAAAGGAUCUAGUCCAGGUAAAUGGUCGAUCGUACCCCCAUGCUAAGAUCCAGCUGGGGAAGAUGGGUGCCAUUCAUCCUGCCAACAGAUUGGCAGCAUACCUCACUGGCAGACUAUCCCAUGCAAGCCAAGAGCAGGUUAAAGUAGCCUCCUCCUCCACCACCAAUCCCACCAUCGCCUCCAACUCGAAACCACAGAAGCAACCCUCAGCAGUGGGAAUCUCUGCUCCUCAGCGAACCCCGUCUGCAGCCACCUCUUCCAACACCUCUGUGACCACAUCAGACGUCCAGAAGACGGUGGUGUCUGUUUCAAACACAGCCCCAGGAGAAGUGGGAGCCCCAAAGCCCACUAUGCUGAUUAUCCCUGUCCCUGGGACCAAUAACGUAUUCAAGAUGCCCUGCCCGACCUCCCAGCCCCUGACACCCAUCACGCCUGGCCAGAGGAUGUUGCUCCAGCCUAUCUGCUCCACCAAGGGGACCACCGUCUACCGCAACCCAGAAGGAAAGCUCAUUCAGCUGGUUCCCCUCAGUCAGCUGCAGGCCCUCAACCCAAACCUGGUGGUGCAGAAAGCUGUUCCGCUUGCUUCUGCCCAGCCAGUGUUAUCUACCUCAGUAUCCUCGCCUGCCUCUCUACCUAAAAAGACUUUCUCUUGUGGCCAGGUCCUAAAACCUGUACCUCCAGGGCCAUCCUCCACUGUCACACACACCCCUCCCUCAGUACAUACCGCCAGCAAGGCCUCUCCCAACGUCACUGUCCUAUCCAGCUCCCUUCCAACCCUGGUCCCUCUUACAGUCAAAUCCCCUGGAAGUCAGGUCAAGGUCACAGAGACUGCAGUAAAAAAAAACGUGAUGACAUCCACCACUACAUCAUCACAUCCCUCCACUUCCUCAUCAGAUGCCAUUCUGGGAGAAGAGAGAGUGUACAGUCCCACCUUUAUCAGCUCUAAGUCUACUGAUUCCUCCAAAAUCCCUGUAACCUCCAUAAAUCCCCCUGUGCCCUACCAGAAGGUGUCUCUCAAUCAGACCCCCCAAACGUCCUCAGUCACUGAGCCAAGCUCUGGUAUGAUAGGCCAGGACGUCGUCUGUCGAAGGGAGGAAAAUUAUAAAGGGCCAGGAAAGAGGGUUGAAGAUGGCGGGAGGAUGGAUAUUUCUGAGGCAAGGCACUCACUAGGGGUGGAGGAGGAAGUGGAUGUGGUAGACCUGGACAGUGAUUCAGCGACGGACACGGACUCUGAGGAGGAUACAGAAGAGACUGAAGAUUCAGAGGUUGACACCAAUGCAUGUCCCCUGAAAGUUGUUGAUAAGAAGAUUCUGCACAAUGUCUUGGAGAGAUUGCGUCGUGGGGACUUAAAGCAACGCUUUAAGCAGCUGAGGGAAGCACUGGAGCUGGAUGAAAAAUCAACCAAGAUCCACAUCUUGAACCAGGCAAAAAGGGAAAUUAAGAUCCUGCAGAGGUCGAGCAAGAGUCUGAAGAAGGAGCAGGCCUCUUUGGCCAAUCGGAGAGCAGAGUGUUUCGAAAUGAUCGACCAGUUGACAGCCAAGAGUGGAGAUAAAGAGGAACAGGCCACUGGGGCAGUAGGAACCGAGAGGCAGCACGUCCUGGAGGACUCAGAGAAAGUGCCCUCAUUGGUCAAUGAUGUGACUGAAGCGGUGAACCUAUUGGAUGACACAGAAGAAGAAACUGACAACUCCUCAGAUGAGCACCCAUUUGGACAGACUGACAUCAUCAAUGUCACCAGUGAUGAAGGUGAACAGGAAUGGGAGUCUGUGGAUUCAAAGACUAUGCAAGAGAAUGUAGAUGCACUGAGGACAUCAGAUGGCCCGCCGCAACCGAACAACGACGCAACGUGUUCUACCGAAGAAAACAUGAAGUAUGAAGACAAAGUUGGCAUUGCCAAGCUGAGUCGAGAAAGGUACACGACACAGUACAAAAAUUUGACAGAGAUGCUGGACAUCAAAAGAAGAAGGUCUACUGGCUUUGUCCUUAAUCAGGCCUGUAGGGAAAUCAGAGACCUGAGUGACAAAUGUAAGAUUCUGGAGAGGCUGAAGGCUGCUCAGACACAGACCAGGACGGACUACAUCCUCAAGGUCUCCCAACUCACAGGUAAGAAGGAGGAGAGGAUCCUGUGGAAAGUACAGGAAAUUUCCACGAUGCAGAAGGAGGACCAAAGAAGAAGAGUUAAAGAGAAUGAGAGAAGAAAGGCUGUCCUAGCACGGAAGGCUGUCCUCCAGCCUCCCGCCCAGGUCAGCAACAGACCAAAAACUGUCCCCAACAUCCUGUCUCGUAGGAAAAAACUUCUUCCCAUUGCCAUGAAGCCCAUGGAAGGCGUUUCUCCAUACAUCCACACAGACCUGCUCCCUACUGGGCUGCUGGUGAUCCCAGGUCAGCAGGUCAUCACAAUGGCACCCCUUCAGCCUAUAAGCUCCUCCCUGCUUCACCCAGUCAGUCUGUCAGGGCUGGGCCUGCACCCUUCCCCGACACCAGGUGUUGCUUCAGUCACAAUCAGCAUCCCAUCCCUGUCACAGCAUGUCAAAGCCCUCCCCCUCUCCCUCAACCCACCCGGCAAUGUAGAUUAUAGGAUAUCUUUGGCUGCACAACACCCCCAGGUCUUGACACAAAACAUUGGCCAAACCCAGGCCCCUGGGGCUCCUGGCCCUGCCUCCACGGCCCAGAGCAGCGCUCUAACAGUGCAGGGGGUGGGGCUACAUGAAGAGAACGUAAGGCUCCUGGAUGAGGGGAUUGAUUCUGCAGACUGUGUAGAGAUGAAGGAUGCUAAACAGGCUUCCGUCUCUGGGGAUAAUGCUGGUAGUGGUGAUGAAGUUUAUAGUGAGGAUGAGAGUCUGACAACUCUGCUUAAUGAAAUUGUGUUCCUCAACCAGCAGAUCAGUAGUGACGACCCCGAUAUACCAUCAGAGCUCCAAAGCUUACCCCCCCCUGUGUCAGGGACGGGUGGGGGGCCACAGAAAGAGAGGGGGGCAAUGGGAGAGGGGGAUGACGAGCGCUCCCUCAGCCCCAUGUUCCUCAAUCUGGAUGAGGACAAGACUGGAUCUCAUGGGGACAAUAAGUCAUCCAGCAGUCUAUCACAGCGACCGGGACAGUCACUUGUUCCGGAACUUGACCAUCACCCAGGGCAACAGUCCAACAGUAGGUCAGGUUCUGUGUUGGAUUCUGAUACCCUGACUCCACCCCCUUUGCUGCAGAUGAAGGUGGGGGGUGUGGCUAUAGUGGCAGACACAAAUGUCAGAGCAGAGGAAAAGCAGGAGUCAGAGGUUGCCUGGAGACCAAUGCCCAGACUGGCUCCUUUGGGCUUGAAAACCAAUCCACAAUCCUAGCAUCUCCUCAACUAGCCCCCAGCUACAAAUACACUACCUGCACUAUUCCACUGAACGCUAAACACACAUCCAGCAGCCAUGAUGCCCUCCCAGAAUGUUUUUUAUGGCAUGGUUAAGCUUGGUUCGGUUUGCCUAAAUAUCAAAAUAGUAAUUCCAGGUUCAUUUCUACUUAUUCUAGUUCUCAAGACUUGUUCAGACAUUUAAAGCAGCCAGGGAGAACAACAGACAGUAAAGGUUGCAUAAUGUCAGUGUUAAUACUGCAACUAGCAUCUCCUCAGGCCCCUAAUCAGAAAUCAGAGCUGUUUGUACUUCAUAAAUGCAAAAGGCCAGGCUUCUGGUUCCCACACACUCUUAUCUCUUACUGGGAUCUGGAUUUGAUCAUUCCCCUGUUUUAAAGAGGAGAUAGGAGACUCAUGGGCUAUAUGAACUUUUAUCAAAACCUGUACAGUAUUGUUCUGCCUCGUUCAAUCAAAGGAACCUAGAGUUGUUGAUAGUACUAUAAUGCUCUUGACUGUUUCAAAGGGUCCCUCCAUGUUUCAAUGGCUCAUAUUUGAAGGAAAAUCAUGUAAGAGUGAUAAGGAACAUUUCAACUGCUUUCCAUCUCCCCACAACCACUCAAAGUAUAGAACAACCUUAAGAUUUGAAGAUGCUUAAACUUGACCCACAUAUAAUUGUGCCCUUUAUCACCAAACUUUGGUAUGUUUUUGGCCCUUCAGAUCAGUGAUCAUUUCUACUGACCAUUUACCUGCCCACUGGUGUGUGAGGAAAGUGACCAGACAUUCAAUAACAAAAGCAUGGAAGGUCACUUAAAUGUUCAGAAUUGCCAGGGAUUGUAUUAGGUACAAGAGAAGGGUUUACCGUUAUCUUGUUCUCAUUUGGCGCUGCUAAAAGGAUUAUACAAGGUGUAACACUAAAAGCCUCUGGUUAUUCAUCAAGUUACACCCUGACGUGACAACGGUUUUAUAUUAGCCUCAGUAUGGGAUUAUACUAUAUACUGUAUGUCCUGGUGGUAAGCUCAUUGUGUUUUUAACAUUUUAUUUUGUAAAAGCAAUAUUUUUGUAUGUUGUGUAAAUAAGUUAUCAGUGUUGUCAAAAGGAGACCUUGCAAUAAAAUAUAUUAAAGUUGG